AUGGCGAGAGGAAGAGGUAGAGGAAGGGGAAGACCUCGGAAAUAUCCACUAGCAGCACUAGAAACACUAUUAACUGCAAAACGGCCAUUAAUGGAGAAAAUUCCACCAGCUUCAAUUCAAAAUCCAGCUCCGGGUUCAGCUCAAAGUUCCGAUCUUAGCAAAGGAGCAGUUGUAUGUACAAUUGGAGCAAGUUCAAGUCAAUCAAGUGUAGAUAAGAAGCUAGAUCUGACAAGUAACUCUCUUAUAGAAGUAGUAUCGGAAGGGAUGGAGAAGCAAACCAAUGGAACAGUAAUUACGCAGAAUCCAAUCGAGAUACAGAGUGACCUAACUAACAAAGAGGAUCCUCUAGUAGUGAAGAAGGACCAAAAAGACGAAGAUAAGGCCCCAUGGACAACGCUCUUCCAGAAGAACAGAUUUGCGUCUAAUGGUGAUGGACUAGGGUAUAAAGCAAUGCAAAGGUAUAUUAGUAUUCACUGGUCUCAUGUGCCUGAACCUGACCUGUUUUAUCAUGAGGAAGGUUACUAUAUAAUCAGAUUUAAAAAUAUAGAAGAUGCUCGUGAAAUUUUUUGUGUAGGACCUUACUCCAUAGCUAGUAAACCUAUCAUCCUAAAGCCAUGGACCCCGGAUUUUGACUUUACAGAGGAAUUUCCCACUUCUAUUCCUUUGUGGGCAAAGUUCCCUAAACUUCCUAUGUCAUGUUGGGGUAUGAGAUCUUUAAGCAGAAUAGCAAGUGUGAUUGGGAAACCUAUUUUUGCUGAUGAAUGCACAACAAAGCAGAAUAGAGUUUCAUAUGCUAGGAUGCUUAUUGAGGUUAAUGUUACUAAGGAACUGCCAAGUGAAGUGUGGGUGAUGGAACCAAAUGACAAAAAAUUCCUACAGAGUGUAUCUUUCAACUGGAAACCUGCUUACUGUGAGAAAUGCCUAGUAGUGGGACAUAGAUGCCAAGCUCAGAUCAAGACUGGUGUUCAAGGACCUCCUAAAAAGGGUAGAAUUACCCAAGAGUGGAGAACUAAAGUAUCAGCUCCUAAUGAAGAAAAACAGGAGAUCCAACAAGGCAAUAAUAUCAAGAUAGUAGAAACUCAACAGCCUAAGGAGAAGGUUCAACCAACAGGUGAUCAUAACAUUACAGGGAAGGGAGAUUCUGGUCUCAGGAUGGCUGACUUUCAGCAGACUAAGGAGAAGGCUCAACCAAUGGCUGAUCAUGAUAAUACAGGGAAGGAAGAUAGAGGGAAAUCAAUACAAAGUCCAGAGCUGAACAUUGUCAACUUUCCUCCACUAUCACCUAUUCCUGUCAAUAAUAGAUUUGAGCUUGUGUCUAAUAGCAAGUAUAAUAUUCCACCUAGUGAUAGAGGUGGAACAAGCUAUCAAAGAUGA